AUAAUGUUUAAUGGCUACUAAACAUUUUAAAGUAAAGGUGGCUUUGAUUUAAUAUAAAAUAAUUAAAUCAAAUAAAACUAUGUCUUUGUUGAAUAGUUUCCGUAAUCAUAAUAACUUCAGAAAUAUUUUGGCCACUGCUAGUUCCUUGUUUUUUAAAAGAAAUAUUUUUCUCUCACAAUCUCUAUAUCUGAAAGAAGUAAAAGAAGUCAAGAUAAAUAAUCAGCUUAUCAUUGAGGCGAAUAUUAUUCCUGCGCCAGAGGAGGAUCGAUUAUUAAAAACAGCUUUGAACACUGAAUGCUGUGCUGUUUGUAGUCUUGGUGUUGAUAUUAAGCAUACAGAUGUACCUCUGCUAGCUCAGUUUGUUCGUUCCGAUGGAUGUAUGUUACCUCGUAGAAUAACUGGCCUUUGUAAAAUACAACACAAAAGAAUUACAUACAUGGUGGCAAUGGCCCAAAAAGCUGGUUUGAUGUCCAUACUGACUCCACCCGAUUCUAAAAAGGAUCCCAAAAGGCGACCUAAGUGGAAAAAGUUUAAUACAUAUUUUGAUGAAUCCACUAUACAGCUUCCUAAAGAAUACAAAAUUAAAAUAAAAGAUUUUUAAAAAUUAAGUUUAUUUCAAGUGUAUAAAAUGGCUG